AUGAAACUAUUUAUUAUUGCAACAUUGGCGCUCUCUUUAUACAUAGUCCUCGACCUUAUAUUCAAUUAGCAAAUGUGGGAUGCCAACACCACCUUGACAUUAUAUUUGCAAUCAAACUAGUUUUCUGGUGAAAAAGACAUGUUCCUCGUCUUUUCAUAUUCACUCUAUGUACUUCCAUGUAUAGCAAUUAUUGCUUUUCUUAUAUUGGAGAACAAAUUAGGAGCAUUGUUAUAUGGAGGGAUGAUUCUCUUCUCAAUUGCUUCUAAUUCACUGCUGAAAAAUUUCUAUCAUUAGGCAAGACCAUUUUUUAUUGUUUAAGAGAUUGAACCUUAUGAAUGCAAUAAGGAAUUCGGGAAGCCAUCAGGUCAUGCAAUGACAUCACAAGCUAUGUGUUUCCUUUUACCAUCUAUAUUGUUUCCAGCAAUUUGGAAAGACCAGCCAAAGUAAUAACUUUAAUAAACAUAGCUGCAAAUAUCCGUUAUAUUUAAGGGUCGUGUUUAUAUUUAUAAUCACUUUUUGGACCUUCAUGACUGGAUUCUCAAGAGUAUUUAUGGGAGUUCAUUCAUUUGGCUAAAUUCUCCUGGGUUGGGCCUAUUAAGCUUAUGUAUCCAUUAUUUACAUGAAUUAUUUUCAUGAUCAAAUCACAGAGUACUUAACAGAAUGCUUGCAAGUGGGACAUUAGGGCAUUUAAAACAGAGUAAUUUAUAUUAUUGGUUUGAUUGCAUUCAGUUGGACGUGUGUAUCGAUCAUGUUUCUAGAAUUAAACAGAUAUUUAUUCAUAAGUCCAACAGAAGCAACGUUGUGGAUGACUGCAGUCUAUGAGAAGUGUCAGAAAUAGACACAUCUAUAUACAAUAGAUAGUCCUUUAGUUUUAUAGAAUAUAUGCUUUAGUUUAAGUUUAUAUAUUUGGUUCAUGCUAAGCUUUGUGAUUGGAAUCAAACUUAGCAAAGGAGUAUACUUGAAGAAUCAAUUCAAAUAUCAUUACAAGUCACUGUCCUUUUGGUUCAAGACUCUGAGGAUAUUUGUCUUGAUAUUCUUGGUUGGUCUGCUGGUUCCUUUUUUCUUGAUUGAGUUCAAUUCAGUUUAUGCAUAAGCAUUUGGUUAAGUAAUGGAAUGUAUAAUUUAGAUAGUUCCAGUGUCGAUAUUAGGAGGAUUGAUCAUAACUGUUGUGUACUCGAAACUGCUAUAUUAUUUAAAGAUUUCUGUGCCUGGCGAUUUCUUAUAAAUAAUAGAUAGUGAGCAAUCAGCUCCAGAUGGGUAUUCUAAUUUGCUACUUAAUAGAAUGUCUUUAGAAUUGUAAGCCAAGAAUUCUUGA